ACCGCUCGCCACUUUUUUUCUAUCCACCUUCACCAUGUCUUCCACUCUCGUCGUCCAUCAUCUGCGCGUUAGUCAGUCUGAGACGAUUGUCUGGCUCUGCGAGGAGCUCGGUGUUGCAUACGACUUGAAAUGCUACGACCGCGAGCAGACACUUCUGGCGCCAGAGGUGUACAAAGCAUUGAGUCCUCUCAAGACCGCACCAGUCAUCGAAGACGUCGACACAUACCAACCCAACCCUGAACACAUCAAGCUGGCAGAAUCGCAAGCUUGCGUCGAAUGGAUUUCCAGAAAGUACGGUCAAGGAAGACUGAUCAACAAGCCUUGGGACGCUCACUGGAAAGAAUGGCUGUUCUGGUGGCACUUCACCCACGGCUCUCUGCAACCCGCCCUGCAAAUGAAGUUGCUUACUGCAGCACUUCCCAAGGACCACCCUGGCGCCAAGGUCGCCGACUCAAGAAUCGAACACUACCUCCAGCUGAUCGAUGAACGCCUGGGCAAGUCGCAAUACCUGGUUGGCGACGAUUUCACAGCUGCCGAUCUCAUCAUGGUCUUCCCGCUCACCACAAUGAGAGCAUUCAUUCCUAUGGACCUCGGCGCCUACUCCAACAUUCUGAGAUACCUGAAAGAGAUUGGAGAGAGACCUGCAUACCAGCGAACCUUUGAGAAGGCUGAGACGAAGCUGAAGCCCAUGCUGGACGCCAACCCUCCUUCUCUCUUCUCCAUGUAAAAGUGGCUGAGGGCAUGACAUGAACGACAUAUUUACACUUCUCUACUCUUGGAUACAAUGGCCUGACAAAGGACUUGAUUACUUGGCGCAUAUGUGGGACUCGGGCAUAGAACUAGAUUUGGCUUAGACAAGGCUACCCUAUAGACGUGGAUACCAUCUUAAACAAGGUGCCCACACCUCUUUUCUGUGAAA